AUGUCUUUUGUUCCAGCGCAGUUCAAUUCGUUCACCAACAGCAUUGAUUUCGAUAUGCUUAACACAGAAUCGUCCACGUCUCUAUUGUCCAAAUUCAAGUCUAUGAAGAAGCCAAAUGACUUUUUCGAUUUUUCCAGAAUGACAAAACCAAACGGUCUUAUCGAUGCACAACAGAGAAUCACCUUCAACCUCUCCUACUUCCAGUACAAUUACAUAGCCCUAGCAUGUGUCUUGUUCAUGUACUCCGUUGUCACAAAUCUUGGCUUUUUCUCCUUUGUCGUUGCAGAAGGGGCCUUAAUAUAUCUCAUUGAGAAAAAGUUUGGCCAUGCAGAAGAAAUCGACCUCAAGGUGUUUCAGAUUCACAGAAACAUAUGGCUUACCAUCAUUCUCGUCAUCAACAUUCCCCUGUUUUUCUUCUACUGUCCAUUGUCUACUGUGGUCUGGGUUGCGAUUCUCUCCGCCGUUAUAGUUGGAGUUCAUGCCUCAAUGAUGGACAAGCCCGUGGAGGCGGCAUACAGUAACGCUGUUUGA